CGGAAAUACUCACUAAGUAUCCAUCCGCUGGCCAUUUUGCUCUCCACAGCAGCGUCUCCGCCUGGUUUCAGCGUCUUUGGCGGCAUUUCUGGAACUCUGACGUUUAUUUCAGCUGCAGGAGCGUCAGAAAAACAACCAGUGAACUUUCCUCUGGAGAUGAUGGCGCGAUCGGCCGGGAUUUCUCGCGUUAUUUGGGAGGUUUUGGAGCAGAAGGUCUGGUUCACUGAGGAAGGAGGCGGAAGGAGAUGCCCAUCAGUCGGCCGGUGGUUGGUCUUAAAAUAGGGCCAUAUGAUGGAGGUCAUCUUCCCCUGGAGCUGCAGACGGAAGGAGGAGGCAACCUGGCAACAGGUGCACAGAUCAUCACUGGACAAACAUGCAGGUUGUUGCCUUUGUAGCUGGUUUGGUGCUGAUGCUGACCCCAUCAUUCUGUGCAGAGAAGGCAAACUUCACCUGCUACAGCCUAACAUCCCUGGAGGCUGAAAACGUAGAAAGAGUGUACGACGACAAUCAAGACUCAGGAGUGUUCUGGUCCCGAAGCGCUUCAGGCUUGGAUCUCUGUGACUUCUCCUCCAUCUACUCCACCCCCCAAUGCUCCGUGUGCAACGACUCAGGGACCAUCAUUGUUGUUUUAUACAACCUGACGAUCAGCGUGAAGCUAAUGGUGGAGGGUCCAGAGCGCCACAUCAGCUACAAGGAGAUCGAUUGUCCUCGAGCUGAAACAGACGACGACAAACCAGGAGAAGAAAGAUGGAUUGGUAUUUGGGUUUCUGUGGCCUUCAUCGCUGCACUCCUGCUCCUCUUCAUCAUCUUCAUCAUCAUCAAGUGGAUGCGUGAACGUCGUGAAUCACGGAUGAUCUGAAGCAGCAGACGGGAGCUGAUGGAUGUCUGAAGAUCUUCAGAUGGCAGCACAAAACCUUUCACCGCUUUUCUGUUAACUCUACGCGACUUUAAGUCUUUGCUUACAGAAUAUUUACUGCUUCCAUAUAUAUAUGAAACUUUAUACUGUAGCUAAACCUAUAGACCAGCAGUUCCCAAACUUAUUUUAGCAACGCACCCCCUAUCCAACUGGGUAGACCCCCCCCCCCAUCUUCAAAA